CAAGCGGCCGCGGCGGUGCUGGCGGCGGCGUGUGCGCUGGGAGGCCUCGGCGGCGGCCUGGCUGCGCUGCAGGACCUGCUGGCGGCGGCGGCGGCGCCCCUGACGCUGCAGGCCGCCGCCAGCGGUGCACUGCUGCGGCUGCACGUGCGCUGGCUGCGGGGCGCGUGGGGGCUGCUGCGGGGCACUGCGCAGGAGGCGCAUCGCCGCCGCCGCCGGCAGCAGCAGCAGCAGCAGCAGCAGCAGCAGCAGCAGCAGCAGCAGCAGCAGCAGCAGCAGCAGCAGCAGCAGCAGCAGCAGCAGCAGCAGCAGCAGCAGGGCGGUGACGGCCCGGCGGGGGGCGCCUCCUCCUCCUCUCCGGGCGGGCGUGUGCCCAUCAGCCGCCUGGAGAGCUUGCUGGGGCUGGCUCCGGACCCCGGGUCGCGCGAGGAGGUCGUGGUGGAGCAGCUGAUCGUGGGCGUGCUGCUGCUGGUGCCGCUGCUGGCGCUGCUGCCCACCACCGCGGCAUGGCACGUGCUGGCGGCGGCGGCGGCGGGCGCACCGGCGGCGGCGGGGGGCCUGUUGGCGGCGGCGGGCGGGCUGCUGCGGGAUAACCCGCUGCUGACGGCGGCCUGGAGGGGGCUAAGAGCGCUGGACUUCCCGGGUCGCGAGGUCAUGGUGCACCACGUGGUGCCGCUGGACACCUCGCGCCGUCUGCCCGCAGCACCGCCUCAGGCUGUGGAAAAGGAGCUGUCUAGCGCGUUGUUGGCAUGUUCGUGUGGUGAGGCGGCGUGCUUUGUUGUGGAGCCGCUGCCCAGGGCUUGGAGGGAAGUUGUGAUGGAGUGCCUGUGGCGUGGAGCGGCACUUGGCGGGUGGGGUGCGCUAGCGGGCGCGUGCGGCAAAAGGAGAGCGUAGCGAUGGUGGCGGGGGAGUUGGCGCAGGUUCUAGAAGACUGGUUGGUAGCUGCCGGGUAGGUGGGCGACUGGCCGGUGUGCCCAGACGCUUUUACCAAAGGUAUAAAGAUGACAAUUUGGAAGUUAUAUGUGUGCCCCAAGUCCCAUCUCCGUCAACGUCAGCUAACGACCUUGAGGCCUUCGAGUAACCCCAAGUUAGGGACCCUGUUCAACUGCCAACUGCCGCUAUACCUCGGGCUGUAAGUCGAUCAGCAUAUGAUGUAAAAGUGCAAAUGGUGUUGAGUGUAUAGUAUUGAACCCAUAGACAUAUGCCUUUGCGUUUAGCGGGCACCAUUUCACGGCGUUACCUGGAUUCUGUGCACGGUGCCUGACAAAUUUACAAGACAAUCCUUGGACUCUCGAGAUGCUUUCCAACUUUCAUACUCCUCGAUAAUACCUGGAACAUACACGGCAUAUUCUGGGUUGUAUAGAAACACCAGCAACUCACGUCCUUCUGUUCUCCGUUCAAUGCUCGUUGGCGGUGGGAAAGCAGGCUCCUCCAGCUUCCGGCCUCACCUAAGCGAAGCCUGUGGUACAAAGCUUGGCUUGGAUGCGGAGACCUGCUACGACCGGAGUAGCGAACACGUCAUCCUCAGCAAGUCGUCCUUGACGCCUGAUUGUGGAUUUACGUGCUCCAACAACAUAUCUGAUUAUUUCGGCCGGGAUUUCAGUGCAGAAUGCGCGAGGGCGCGCACCUCUCCCAGCUUAUGCGGAGAACCAGCUACCCCAAAUGGUACAGGCGACUCGAUUUCCUCUCAAAGCCCAGUCAGCAAUUCGCACUCAUGCUAUGGCCAAGGGCACGCUCCCCUCGAUCCGCUUAUGGAAGAAUCCUCUCAUUGCUUCAGUACACAGCGCCGGUGGUAUGGUAACAGCUGCGAUGGCGCGGAUUCUUAUGCCGAGGAUGCUCGCCAUGGUGCACACACUUCGGCUGCACGGCACAGGCGGUUUCCAAGUGCACAAAAUGGAGACGGCCUAGGCUAUGAUACUGCGUUUCCAUUCGCGACCGGCAUUGGUUCAUCAAACCCUAACGUUGGGCUCACUCCCAAUGACGACCUCAAUGCGCAGCUCUCCUUUGCAAACGCCCGAGUAGAGGUAUUGGAGCAUGAACUGCGUGAUCAGCGCGCUCUGAACGAGGGGCUGGCCCUUCAGCUACAGCAGCGGGACGCGCAGCUCUACGAGCUACGUCGUCUGCAGGGCGCCCAUGGCGACUGCGCGCGCCAAGACCCCGAGGCCAACGCGUCCUCUGCGGGCCCCUCAUCACUACCCCAGAUGGGUCUUCUAUCCCGGCUGCAUCGCUCACGCGAAGAGCUCUUCCCUCAACCACAAGAACCACAGCAGCCACAGCGACACGCGACAGAUGAGGAGGCUUCGGAGCAGCUCCCCGCUGCGGGCGUGCCCCACCCCGCGACGCUCUUCCCCCUAGGCUGCCCAUAUGAGACGCCCUCUCCGCCCUCCACUCCAGCUCCGCCGCACCUGGCCGCCCACCCGGAGCCUGAGGCGCCCUGGCCGCUCGAGGCGGUUUCGGAGCGCUCCCUCGCGCUGCUGCGACUGGACACCCCGCAGGCCUUUGACACCAUGGCGCCCCCCGCCGCGGACCUCGUCAGCGGUGCGGGCGGGUCCGCGGGUGCUGCCGAGAGCGCCACCGCUACCGCCCCUCUUGCGCCGCUGCUGCCGCAGCACCCACGGCACCGCCCGCAGCAGGCCAUGUCGUCCCCCUUCCUGGCUGUGGCGACGGCCGCCGCUGCUUCUGAGCCCAACCCAGAUCAUCACGACCGCCGCGCUCACAAACAAGAUCACCAGGACAAAGAGCAACAACAACACCUGCCACAGCCGCCUGAGAUCGACAGCGACGUCGAGCAGACCAAGCCCACCCCUUCCGCACCCUCUGCCCCCACCAUCUCACCCUUUGCUGCCGCCUCUUCCACCGCCGCUGCCGCCAUGAGUGAUUCUGUCACCCCCGCCCAUGCCGACGCGCUGUCCAGCGCCUCCGACCUGCACCCGCUGCUGGCUCAGGAGCGCCGCCGCACGGACCGCGCGCACGCCGCCCUGCUGGUCAGCAGUCGUCAGGCUCAGCGGCUGUCGCAUCAGGUGGCUGCGCUGCAGGUGCGGCAGGAGGCGCUGCUGCAGGAGCUGAAGGACUGGCGCAGCGCCUGCCUGGAGAACCACAGGAAGCUAGCGAGGCUGCGCAGGGCAGCAGCGGAGGCGGUAGAAGCGGGGGGGAGUGGUGUUGGGGGGCGUCGUGCGGAAUGAGUGAGGUGGAGAGGGCGGUGGGAGGGAGAGGCUGGGAGUAUGCGGCAUGUUGGAAAGGUUGUUUGUUGGGUACAUGGAUACAUGUGUUGUGUGAUUUGUAGUAAGUGCGUCGUUUUGGGGUUUUGUGGUCCCUUGUGGAAACGUGCUGACUGCGUGCAUCAAGAAGCGUGACGGUGAGGUGGCCGCUACUGCGCUUUUGCGGAGAUCUUGCGAAGAUGUGUGCUGAUAGGUCGGAUGUCACACGGAGACAUGGUUGGAGGUACAGCAGGGCAGGAUCGGUUGGAAGUCGCAGUAGGAUUGUUGUGCGGUAGCCGCACGUUUUGGUGCGUGCGAUGGAACGCAACUAACAACACUUGUCUCGAUGAAUAACGAAAGGCCAAGAACUAAACGGUUUUGUGUUGCUCGUCUUCAUCAGUUGGUCACUUUGCUGCUUUGCUCGGCACUGUGCUGGCGGUUGCAGCUGUACACUAGGGGUUGGAGC